AAUUUGAUUAUUUUAUAUAAAUAAAAAAUUGCUUGGUGGGGGCUUGAGCCCCCACUCCCCACAUGAACGUGGAGUAUAUUUUAUUCCGACAAGAUCAUCCCUCUCUUCCCACUACAAAACUACAAGAGAUAUCUCAAAGGAAAGCAGAAAAUCAGAUCAAAUCAUGACAUCCCUCUCACCAAUUCCAUCAUUCGAUGAUCUCAAGAUCACAUUUCAAGAAUACUCCUUAGUAUCUCCAUCACAUGAAAAGACUCAGCCAAAAUCAAUCUUCUUGUCUAACAUUGACCAAAUUCUUGAUUACAACAUCCCAACAGCCCAUUUCUUCAAGAGAAAUCCAGAUUUCCCACCUCAAAUUGUUGCUGAAAAGCUCAAAAUCGCGCUGCGAAGAGUGCUGGUUCCAUACGAUUUCAUGGCAGGGAGGCUGGAAUUGAACCCCCAAACGGGGCGCCUAGAGAUCGACUGCAACGGGGCCGGGGCCGGAUUCGUCGUGGCUUCGUCUGAAAUUUCACUAGAUGAGAUGGGGGAUUGUUUGAUUCAUCCAAAUUUGGGAUAUCGGAAGCUUGCAGUUGAGAAGUUGGAGAAUUUGGCCCAUGAUGAUAAGCCUCUUUGUGUUUUUCAGAUCACAUCAUUCAAGUGUGGUGGAUUUGCGAUUGGCAUGUCAACUAAUCACAUCAUACUCGACGGCAUGGGUGCCAAGGCAUUCAUGGAAAACCUAGCCUCGCAAGCUUUCGACGACGAGCCCUUGGCCGUCGUCCCUUGCAACAAUCGCCGCCUCCUCUCCGCCAGAUCUCCGCCUCAAGUGGCAUUCCCCCACCACGAAUACCUCGACCUCAACCUCCCAACCGGAGAAGGCUCUCGCCCGCCCGUGUAUGAUUGUAACCGAGAAGAAUUAAAUUUUCGAAUUUUUAAAUUGAACCCAACUGACAUAACUAACCUAAAGGUCAAGGCCAAAAGUGCUACCAAUGAAAAUACAAAGAUUAGCACCUUUAAGGUGGCGGCGGCGCUUAUGUGGCGGUGCCACGCCUUUUCCGGUGACCUAGGGCAUAAAAAGGAUGAAUAUUCGACUGUAUUGACUUCUAUCAAUUUAAGGUCGAGGGUAAAUCCACAACUACCACUUUCAUAUAGUGGCAACGGAGUGCUGCCUAUAGGGAUUUCAGCCACAUUCGAGGACCUCGAAAAAGGCCCUUUUUCAAGACUAGUGGAGCUGAUCUCCAAUAGAAUUAACGAUAUGACUUAUGAAUAUGCCAAAUCAGCUUUUGACUGGCUCGAGGUGCACCGUGGGGUCCCCCACGGGGAUUAUCUCAUUGCCUCGUGGCUAGGGUUAGGGUUUGACCAAGUCGGGUACCCGUGGGGAAAAUCGAUUUAUAGCUGCCCCAUCGUGAACCAUCGGAAGGAUAUAUGUUGGAUUUUUCGUGAUGCAGUUGAUGACGGAGUUGCCGCCAUGGUGGCGUUGCCGGCGGAAGAGAUGGUACGAUUUGAGGCACUCUUUUAUGAAUUUCUUGGAUGAUGAAAUUAAUUAAUUGAUGUAACAUAUCCUUAUGUAAUUGUUUAUAAUUUAUAUAUGUUGCAUCUUUCAAUUAUUUGUGAUAAUUAGCUAUAUAGUUGUGAGGAUUUUAGUUCUUAUCGUUGUUUUUGUUUUCUCAGCUGAGUUUGUGAUUCUUAACUACUUCCAUUACUACAUAGAAAAUCACAACACUUAGAUCCA